AUGGACGCCUACGAGGCCACGAGAAUAGUGCUCUCAAGGAUCCAGAGCUUGGACCCGGAGAAUGCCUCCAAGAUCAUGGGUCUUCUCCUCAUCCAGGACCAUGGCGAGAAGGAGAUGAUACGCCUCGCCUUCGGCCCCGAAGCUCUCCUUCACUCGGUCGUCUUCAAGGCUAGGAAGGACCUCGGUCUCCUCCCACCGUCCGCCCCAUCUACUCCGUCCUCCCCAUCUCCGUCACCGUUUCUCCUCGGCCGUCAGAACUCAUCUUCUCGCCUCCUCGGCGGCGGCGGCGGCGGCGGCGGCAGCGGGCUACCAUCACCGUCUUCGUGGGCUCCGCCGCCGGUCUUCUCUCGCAGCAGUAGUAACGGGAACAGCGGGGCUGUCGAGGACCUGCAGAGCACGGACGACCUAAUCAGCCCCAAUUCGUCCUACGGCGUGAGUAUGCCCGUGCCCUCGCCGUCGUCCUCUUCCUCCCCUUCCCCCUUCUUCGGAGGCGAUCUCAUCGAGGAGUUCCAGCUCCAAGACCAGUUCUCCUUCCUCAACGACCCCACUGCCGCUGCCUCGUCUCCCAACUCUAUCCACGCCCUCCAGAUCGGCGGCCCAAAGAGCAACGGCGACCUGUUCUAUCCCGACAUGGUCGGGGACUGCCGGAGCCCCAGCAGCAACGGCGAAGCCAUGCUCUUCCCCUACGCUGGGAUGAACAACUGGGGCAUCAAUAGCAACCACCACCGGAGGAGCCUCUCCGCCGCAGACCGGUGCUUAAGCUCAGAAACUGGGGCAGAUUUGGGGUGGAGGCCAUGCCUGUACUUUGCCAGGGGCUACUGCAAGAACGGGAGCAGCUGCAGGUUCCUGCACGGUUUACCCGACGACGCGACCGCCGCCGCUGCCGCCGCCCUGGCCAGCAGCAAGAUGGAUGCCGCGAUGGAGCAGCAGUUCCACGAGCUUCUGUUAAGGUCCAAGAGCCCAAGGCUCGGCGCCGCAUCUCAACUCAUGGCGGCGGCGGCCUCCUUUCCCUAUUCGCCGUCUGCCCAGUCGCCAUCUUCUGGCAAAUGCAUGAACUUUCUGCAGCAGCAGCAGAAUGAAAGCCAAAGGUCGCCUACUCUCUCAUUCACUACCCUCGUCGUCCUUUCCCCGGAAUAUUAAUAUAUCAUCACGGGUUCUCUUCGGCAGGGUUGCUGCAGUGACGGCGGCGGCGGCGGCGGCGGCUCUCUCGCUAGGAGGGGAGGAGCCGCAUAAGUUUGGGAGAUCUAGGCUAGAGAGAGGUGACUACGCAGGGGCGGUGAAUCCGGGCUCUCGGCAGAUUUACUUGACCUUCCCGGCCGACAGCACUUUCAGAGAGGAGGACGUCGCCAACUACUUCAGGUUUGGGCUCUCGAUCAGAGGCUCUUUCCCCUCUGACGAAACGUAUCUUCCUUCUCCCUGCUCAUCAUCUCUGUUCCUGUUGUUCGUUGCCACCGUGAAGCAUCUACGGACCAGUCCAGGACGUGAGGAUUCCGUACCAGCAGAAGCGGAUGUUUGGAUUUGUGACCUUCGUUUACCCGGAGACGGUGAAGCUGAUUCUGGCCAAGGGGAACCCCCACUUUGUCUGCGAUGCCCGCGUCCUCGUCAAACCCUACAAGGAGAAGGGAAAAGUCCCCGACAAGUACAGGCACUCCUACCUCCGUCUUCCAUUCCACCCUCUCUCUUCCUCCCAGAACUGCCCCCCCCAUUCUCUCUCUCUCUCUACUGUGUUCCAUUGAUUAAGCAGAUUACUGUUUUCCUUGCGCAGGAAGCAACAGCAGCAACAACAACAGCACGCAGAGAGGGGCGUGUUCUCCGGCUGCACAACUCCUACCGGGCUAGAUUCCAAGGACCCUUACGACCUUCAGCUACUCGGUGAGCUCUCCGUCAUCUUCAUGACCGUGGCCAUCCGCAUGCAUUGUUACUACCGUGUUUUCAACAUUGCGCGUCCAUCUUUUUUACGUGAGUGAGUUGCAGGCGCGAGCAUGCUGUAUAACAGCAGCCAGGAGGCGCUGCUGAGGAAGAAGCUAGAGGAGCAGCAGCAGGCGGCGGAGCUCCAGCAGGCAAUUGAGCUGCAACGGCGGCGGAUCAUGGGGCUCCAGCUGCUCGACCUCAAGGCGAGGAAUCUUUCAUCGCCCGCCGUGCCCGUUACGUCGUCGCUUCCGUCGCCCGUUCCAAUCAACACCUACUCCCCCACCACCGCCGUCUCCAGUCCCAAUGCCAAUCUUUCAUCGCCCAAUGCAGCCCCGGAGGGCAGCAGUAGCAGCAGCGGCGGUAGCAGCACCGAGGAGCUGCUGUCACCACCUGAAGGUAUUACUGUAGCGAGAGAGGAGGAUCGUUUCUAUGAUUAGCUAAGCUCCCUUCUUCGCUAGGGGGCUCUUAGUAAUAGUAGGCUUGUGUGAGAGUGAAAAGAUUUCCCUCUCGCGGGCAAGUGUCUCAAUCCUGCUGCCACCGCUGUUUAAUGCAGCAACCACCACUGUCGCUGGAUCGACUGGCGCUGCAGCCGCCGCUGUUGCUGCUGCAGCGGCUGAGAAGAUUAACACCCACGCGUUCCUCCCGCAGUCGGCAGUCAACACCGGCGAUGGAGCUGACAAGGAGGAUCCCGCUCGUGGCGAUCCAAGAAAGGUAAAUUAAAGUACAAGCAUAAAAUUUUAUGCCAGGACGGUUUUUAUCCGGCUCUCGAUCCCUCUCUCGCCUUCCUCGCCGCGCAGCUGCUUUAAAUGCAGUCGAGGCAAACGAGGGAGAUGGCUAGUUUAAAGUCAGCGGCUUUGCUUCCUCCUGUUUUCGUCAACGCUCGAGUUUACUUGCUAAGAUUGGCCAUGGUAUGGCUGACCUCGGUUUCGCCGGCAGUGCGGAGCACAACCUUCCGGACAGCCCUUUCGCGUCGCCCACCAAAUGCUCCUUCGCCGGGAACGCGUUCUCCGUCAACUCCGAGGCGGCGGAGGCAACCUCCCCCGCCGCCGGCUCCCCUAACAAUAACGUCGACGGCUGCCUCAGCAACGGUAGCAAUAACAACGGCCACCUCAUCACUUCCUCGCUGCUGGCCCCAUCCUCCACCCUGGACAUGGCUUCCUUCAACUCCUGCUUCUUCCCCAUCCCCAGGUGAGUUAUCCCUUCUCCCCCCUCUCUCUCUCUUUCUCUCUCUCAGUAAGUACCCUUCUUUUAUAUGCAACUCUUUGAUGAAUGUUGGAUAAUUUCUCCGGCAGGUUCUCGUCCGGCCAUGGGGCAGUGGGGCUGUGA